UUUUGCUUGUAGCAAGGGCAGACAUGUUCAAUCGUAUUUUCCUGUACUGCUCUGGCGCAAGUUUUGUGGUGCAUCAAAAUGACAUCAGUUUGGGUCGAGAUGGGUGCACUGUGAGCCCGUUGCCAGCGUGUAGCAAUGGAGGAUUUGGCGAGUGCCUUUCAAAACGACUUCUUUGACGCGGUGAAGGUGCUUGAAGAUUUUUCCUCCUCUGACUUUGCACUCAAAGAUGCAAUGGCAGAAAUAAGAAGGAGGAUAGCUGCGAAGACGUACGUGUGUGCGCCGAACUUCUGGGAUGACCUUCGCGCCACUUUGAAGGCGAUUGAAGAGAGACGCGACGAACGUGCAGCCAAAUCGAAAGCUCAGCAGGUGCUGAAGCAGAUCGCUCGUUUGGAGGUGAAAUUUUGGGCGAAGGCGAGUGUUGCGAUGCUAAAAGAACUUGAUGCGGAGUCAAGGCUUGAAAGAAUCGUCGACUGGCUCCAGACCUUUGGGCCAGGGGAUGAGGAAGACAGCUCUUCUGGACCAGCAGUGCUGUUUCAGGUUCUUAGUGAUGUGACCCUGCAGAAGGACUUCGAGGCUCCUCAGCGUGAAGCUCUUUCUGCCGCUGUCCGAGAAAACUUGCAGAAAUUUCCUGUGGAAAUGCAGGCAGUGCUUGAGCGUGUGGGAACCGUGACUGAACCCAGAUCAUUUGGAGUGCCGGACUGGAGGAGGAGGCAUCAGCCAACGCAGCUCGAUGCUCCAACCUUGGGCCCUGGUGCAAAGUUGCUAUUUGGCCUGGAGCCUUCAGAUGAGCUGGGUGAGUUCCAGGUACCAAAGAGUGCCACCACGGAUCCAGCCGAUGGUCAAGUUGCAGAGGAAACUCCUGUGAUCACCAUCGAAGAUGAGGCGGCGAAUGCCGAGAUAGUCCAACAGCUACUGCAGAAGGAGUCUGCCAAGGAGGAAGCAGUGCAGGAUUCAGCUGAGGAUCAGCCGGCAUCCCUUCCUUAUUCUGUGGAUCCUUUUGCUGACCUUCUGGCUACUAUAAUGUCCUGGCUGCAGCAGGCUGGAGGAACUCUUCAGCGAGAGGCUGUUUUGCCUUUGAUAAAGGCCAUGGGCUUCAGGGUGAGAGCUGUCAUCCAAGCACUCUCGCAGGAUGUCUUUUGGUCACAUCCAGAGGCCGAAUGUGAGAUUCUGCUAAGAACGCCAGCUGGGGCUUCGCUCCAUCCCAAGCCUUUGCCGAGCAAUUAUCUGCAUGACACAGUGAGACGAAACUUGGUCUCACAUGUCAAACAGAUGGGCUCGAAGGCCAAGUAUGACAAGCUUGCUGGCUUUCUUGGUUGGAAUGCAAAGUCUGAGCUCAGACGGACGUACGGUGCGCUUCAAAUAGUGCUGAGUGGGCUGCAUGAGAUCUUCUAUGACUCCACCAAGCUCUACCUCAAGCAAGUUCUGGAAGGAGUGGUUGACUGGCCAGUCAACAAAGACGGCCGAAUAGGACCAAACUCCAACAAGGACACCGUGCAACACUGGACACGGGCUUGCGAUGACUUGAAAGGUGCAGGAGACAUUGACUGGUUCAACGCCAAGCGGCAGCUUCUGGGCGUGGUGAUGAGCCAGGGUGGGCGACUGGAUGCACAGGUUGCACGGUGGAUCCUCAACCCGGCAGGGGAGCAGGCCACACUGGAGCGGGUUUUCGAAGUGGGCUCCAAAUAUGAUCUGACGAAGGUAUUGUUUUGGGAACCUCGGCGCAUCUUUAGAAGGCGGCAGAGCAUGGCCGUCGCAGAGGACGUUCAGGUUGACCCGGAAUUGCAACAAGCGAUUCUUAAGGCCAUCCUUGCAAGAGGCUCUGCGAGUUUGGAAGAGCUCAAGGCUGCAUUGGACGAGGCAGGCUUUGCUGAGAAGGCAGAUGAGGGUGCCAUCCAUGCAGCUGCGAAGCCUUGGCUGGUUGCUUUGACUCGCGGAAAUCUCGAGCAUUCCUGGACUCGCGAUUCGAUCGCCAGGCAAGUUAUACCUGAGCUUUUCUUUAUGCCGGACCAUGUAUUUCUUCGACAUGUGGUGAACGGCAUCGUUUUGGAAGAUGCCCCCACAGAGGAGCCAAGGGAUGGGGAACUGGACGAGGAGGAGGAGCUGAUGCGAGAAGGAUUGGCGGAGGUUGCUGCAGCUGCUGCCGCUUUGCCGGAUGCAGAAGAAGACCCUCUGCAGAUAAAGGCACCAAAUGGCAAUGCAGCUGCUGCUGCGCAGCAGGCGAAAGCUGCUGGGGUGGACGUCUUCUUGAACUUUUCCGGCUUCGUAGCCAAGAAGGCUGUGGAGCUGCCUGAGCAAAGUGGACCACCUGCGAAAAAGCUGAAAUUGGUGCCUCCGUGGCUGACGGAAGGUGCUGCCGUGCGGGUCCGUGGAGAGGAACUCCCCGGAGCGAUUCUGGAAGUCAAAGGUGACACCUGCCGGGUGCAGCUUGAACGUGCAGGAGACAAGGGGACGACCCUUGUGGAAGAAGAGCUUCCCCUUUCUGCGCUUGUUCCCGUCGCACCUGAAAUCGGCUUGUGCGUCAAGGUGGUGAGUGGUGACAGGAUUGGCUGUACAGGCAAACUGGUUGGGCUGGCGGGUGCAGAAGCUGUUGUGCAGAUUGGAGGAAUGUGCUAUGAAACACUUCCCAUGGGCCAGAUUGCAGUGGUGGCCUCGUGAGACCUUGGUGCUGAGCAAGCAAAGUGAAGCGAACUUCAUCCAAAGCCUC